UAAUAUCAACACCGCUCGUUGAGCUUGCUUGUUGGCAUUAAAACUAAAGCUUUCUUCUCCUUACUUUUCCUCGUGCUAUUAUACAAUAAUUUUGUCUUCACUUCACAUCAAUCUGCAAUCAUGAGUGUCCAGACUGCUACUUUGAAGCCUUUUACUGAUCAGAAGCCGGGAACGUAUGUACAUUUUUGAAGCUUCAGUUCAGAACCCCACCUCUAUUUUAACUUGACCAAGGUUUCCAUUUUGCCAACACAAAUACAAGCAAGGCUUGGAUAUUGAAUCAUCACCAAAAGCAUGGAAAUGAAUCAAACAACAGAAAUCAUAGCUUGCUAAUUCCUCACUUCCUAGUUCUGGUCUCCGUAAAAAGGUCGUUGUUUUCCAACAACCACAUUACAGCGAAUCUUUCGUCACAUCAAUCCUCCUUUCCAUCCCUGAAGGUGUCAAGGACAGUUUCCUCGUUAUUGGUGGUGAUGGGCGUUACUGGAAUCCAGAGGUGGUUCAGUUGAUUGCAAAGAUUGGUGCUGCGUAUGGUGUGAAGAAGUUGUUGAUUGGUCAGAAUGGUAUCUUGAGUACCCCGGCUGCGUCGCAUAUUAUCAGGAAGAGAAAGGCUACCGGAGGUAUCUUGUUGACUGCUAGUCAUAAUGCAGGUGGUAUGUAAUAUUUCUUAUUGUUUUAGGAGGGUGGGACAGCGGGAUAGCAGGACAGGUGAAGGAAAGACGAGAGUGAGGUGGAAGGCAUUGAAGAUGACAGUCUGGCUAAUAGAUUGAUUGACAGGUCCAAAGAAUGAUUUUGGUAUCAAAUACAACCUCGCAAAUGGUGGACCAGCUCCCGAAUCGGUCACAAACAAGAUUUUCGAAGCAUCAAAAACCCUUACCGAGUACAAGAUUGCCGAUAUCCCAGAAGUCGACAUUGCUACAAUUGGUACAAAAACAUAUGGCUCGUUGGAGGUUGAAAUUAUCGACUCAUGUGCCGACUAUACUGAGAUGUUGAAGGAAAUCUUCGAUUUCCCUCUCAUUAAGAAAUUCUUCCAAACACACACCGACUUCAAGGUCCUAUUCGAUGCCCUUUCGGGUGUUACUGGUCCUUAUGGAAAGGCCAUCUUCGAGACCGAAUUGGGUCUUCCAAGUUCUAGCACCCAAAACUGCAUUCCUUCUCCAGAUUUUAAUGGUGGUCAUCCAGAUCCUAACUUGACCUAUGCCCACUCACUUGUUGAGGCUGUUGAUAACGGAAAGAUUCAUUUUGGUGCUGCAAGUGAUGGUGACGGAGAUCGUAACAUGAUCUACGGAGCUAAUGCAUUCGUCUCUCCUGGUGACAGUCUUGCAAUCAUUGCUCACUACGCACAAACAAUCCCAUACUUUAAGAAACAAGGUGUUUACGGACUUGCCCGCAGUAUGCCAACAUCUGGAGCUGUUGAUCUUGUUGCUAAAGCUCAAGGUCUUAACUGUUAUGAAGUUCCUACUGGAUGGAAGUUCUUCUGCGCUCUGUUCGACGCUGAUAAACUUUCCAUCUGUGGUGAGGAAUCUUUCGGUACUGGAUCAAACCAUAUCCGUGAAAAGGAUGGUCUUUGGGCUGUCGUCGCUUGGUUGAAUAUUAUCGCCGCUAUUGGUGAGAAGGAUCCAAGUGUUACCCCAAGUAUUGCCAAGAUUCAACAAGAUUUCUGGACUAUCUAUGGUCGUACAUUCUUCACUAGAUACGAUUAUGAAGAUGUUAGCAGUGAGGGUGCUGCAAAGGUUGUUAAGGAUUUGAAUACCAAGAUUGAGGAUCCAUCGUUCAUUGGUAGCAAGAUUGGUGGUAAGUUUUUCGCAUCUUAUGUAACAUGACAAAAGAGCUCACAAAUUAUUUUACAGACCGUACAGUCUCGGAUGCUGGUGAUUUCUCCUACACCGAUCUCGACGGCAGCGUUUCCUCCAACCAAGGUCUCUACGUUAAAUUCUCUGACGGAUCUAGAAUCGUCGUUCGUCUCAGUGGUACUGGCUCAUCAGGUGCUACUAUCAGACUGUACAUCGAAAAACACACUAGCGACGAAAGUACUUAUGGCCAAGAUGCUCAAGUCUUCUUGAAGGAUAAUGUUGAUUUUGCUGUUGAGCUUUUGAAGUUUAAGGAGUAUAUCGGUAGAACUGAACCAGACGUCAAGACUUAAGACUUUUGUCGGUUUGGGGGAGGAAAAAUGAUGAAGAGUAUAGUUGUCGGAUGGAAUCCAGAUGUGAAUAAUUAGUUAGCCAGCGUGCGUGCAGAUAUGAUAUCAAUACAAAGUACAAAAGUUGUCAUUUUGCAGUAGACGAUACUGUCAUUUAUUUCAUUAUUAUGGAA